CACGACGACCAACAGCUAAUUCAUGUAAUGUAGAAGAAUUAGCUGCAUAUUUGGAUAAUUUUCUUUAUUUACCAAAAUCAUUAUCUGGUGCCGCUGAACUUAUGUAUACAUAA